AUGUUCAGCAGCCAACAGACAUAUUUGGUGUACUUGCAAUACGCUCCACCUGUUGGAUGCUUUGAUGGCCACUGCGUCAAAAUUCAAGGAAAAUGCUACAAGCCUUGUCCGACUUGUCCUGACGUCUGCUCACAUGCGAAUGGAACAGAACGACAAGCAUGCGAAGAAGGACACCAUUAUUAUUUCCUUUCUCCAAUGAUGGAAUACCAAAUCAAGUGUAGGCCAUUCUAUCAAGAUUUUUCAAUAGCGGAAUCGCAGUAUCUUGGAGCCCUGAUAGGUAACUGUUUCGUUGGUUACUUAGCAGAUAAAUUCGGAAGACGUUUGAUGUUACUGGUAUCACUAUGCCUUGGUAUACCUUUCCUUGUCCUAUCAGGCGUAUUCGACAGUAUUGCACUCUUCUAUCUGUUUCGCUUUCUUCUCGGAAUCACCAUAGCA